CCCGACGAGCUCUUCCGUCGGGUGUCGCAGCCGCCCGCCUUCCUCUACAACCCUCUCAACAAGGAGAUCGACUGGGAGAGCCGCGUCCUGCGGGCGCCCGAGGAGCCCCCCAGGGAGUUCAAGGUGUGGAGGAGCAACGCCGUGCCCCCGCCGGAGACCUACAGCCCGCCCGAGAAGCCGCCGCCGCCGGCCCCCACCCUGGACAUGGCCAUAAAGUGGUCCAAUAUCUACGAGGACAAUGGCGACGAUGCGCCCCGGCAGGCCGCCAAAGCCAAGUUCCUGCCGGACGAGGAGCAGGAGCUGCUGGAGUCGGAUGGUGAAAAAGAUGACGAACCCGCUUCCACUAAGAAACGUAAAGUAGAGUCUGGAGAGCAGGCAAAGAAGAAGAAGAAGAAGGUAUAAGCAGGGUGUUUUGGAUUUAGACAUAAUGAGAAUUUCAAGGAACUUGACUUCCUCUGCUGGAAUGGGAAACAAACAUGUGUUUACUGCAUUUCUCUCUCGUAUUGGGUAGGGGAUUUUAUUUCUGUAGUAUGCUUGCCUUUUGGAAAGCACAAAAUCAAAUGGACAGUGUUGUGGUAGAACUUGUUUACUGAACAAAAUUUAAACCUGUUUAUUUAAAACAUGGAUUUAGAAGAGAGAUCCGUUGCCAUGGAUACUUGUGCUUAUGCAGGUUACAGGGCUUCACAGUAUUUUGUUUAUCAAGAAACCCGGUAACAUGUGUUUUUCUGGACUGACUUUUCCAUUGUGUCAAAACCUUUUAUAAAGGAGUAUAUACUAAAGAUUUUUUAGGUACUGGCCUGUGAUAUGUUCACAUAAUGUUGUUUUAAAAUGUAUGUAUAGACUGCAAAUAGUCACUGGAAUAAAACUACGUUUGAAAACAUCUGUGGUAUAAAUACUGCAUUGCAUGCUUGGUGAGUAAGAGUAAUGAAUUCUGUAUUAUAUGUCAUUCAUUGAUGUGUAACUUAACAGAUUCCUCAGGGCUUUUUUGUUUAAAUAAAUACACAACUACAAACUGAAAAAAUGGACCUAAAAAUGGAGUUCAAUAUUUUAUCAUUAUUUUGAUGUUGCAGGAUCUUCAUCAGUGAAACAUGAGAGUAACUGAUGGAGGGAGUAUUGAAGCAUGUAAUGUUUCUGAAACAGAAAAUAGAAUCAAGAUAUUUAUGUGGACAAAAUUUAUGACAAAGCUGUUGUAGAGUCUUUGCUGAAAAAUUGUAUUUAUUUCAGUAUAAACACCUGGUAGUCUUCUCAAAGUGCUAGUCAGUAUAUGUUGCAUUUGUGGUAUGCUGCUGAAUGGGUUUUUGAGUCUGUAUAUGACAAGGUGCCAACUUGUACUGGAUUGGAGAAAAGGCUGCUUCAGAUAAAGAUUUUGUGCCUUAGGAAAUUUGUAGUGAG